UGGAGCCAAGGGAAACCCAGGAGACUGUUUGCCAGGAGACAGAUUUUGCCCCAUCAGGGACAACACUACGUUGCAGUAAGUUGUACCCUUUUAAAACUAUAGCAGGAACAAUGUAAUAAAUCAUGGUUAAAGAGGUUGCGAGGACAAACUCUGUGGCUCAGUUGGUAGAGCAUGGCGCUUGCAACGCCAGGGUUGUGGGUUUGAUUCCCACGGGGGACCAGUAUGAAAAUGUAUGCACUCACUACUGUAAGUUUCUUUAAAUAAAAGUGUCUGCUAAAAUGUAACUGUCAAGGAGUUAAUCAAUCUUAAAUAUAAUUGUCUGGAUUUAAACAUGAAUGACUUCCCUUAGUCAUUAACUAGCUUCGCAGUCAUCUAUAGUAGUUUUUCCUUAUGAGUGUCAGACGAGAGGCUACUGUGAUAGCAGAAAUCCUAAUAGUGAUUUUUCUGUAGCUAUAAUUGCGUAAAUUAUAGUAUAGUAUUGUAAGGCUGACAGUAAAAAUAUGGAUCCAUCGACACUGCAACUUAGACUCAAGGUUUAAUCAGUGUGAUAACAUCUUUCAGGGGACAAAUAAAAUAAUAGGUAAAAUCAUAUGAGCAGCGAGCGAGGCACAGGAGGCGUGGCUUCAAAUCCCACUGCUGCCACCAAAUGUAAGGCAGACUAAAGAAUAGAUCAAUGGACACUGUGACUUCAAUAUUACACUCAUGGGGACAAAUAAAACGAAAGAGCGAAACACCUGGCACCGAGCUCUAAACUGAACAACUCCCAGCAAACCCUGCUCUUUACACUAGAGCCAGAGCAUCCGCUCUCACAAUACAGGUCCCCCAGUAAUAAUGCCUUGUGAUUCAGUAUGUAUAUUAUAUUUUCUCAAUCACUGAUAUGGGGUGUUCAAACAUAUUUUUCCCUGUGGGUGAUGUUUCAGAAACCCAAGCCUGAGCCUGCAGCUCCUGCCCGGCGGUGUGGUCGUCUGAUGGAGAGCUGUGCCCAUCACACCCCCUGCUGUGACCCCUGCACCUCCUGCCGCUGUCGCCUCUUCAACACCAUCUGUCACUGCUGGAGACUGGGCCUGCACUGUCCCAAGAAGAAC